AUGGAGAUACUAGUAGUGAAAUUAUUUGAUUUGGAUCUAAACGAUGACGUAUGCAAACAAAGAGCCAUUGAAGCUGCUUCUCCUUCUGCUUUAUCAGAGGGUUUGAGAAUAUUGGAGGAUGCGGACCAAAACACAUUAACAGUAAUUGGAGAAGUUGUUCCUCCAGAAUUAAUUGUAGGCAGAUUAAGCUUGGUUUGUCAUGUAAAAGUAGUUUCAUUUGAGCCAGGACCAGAACCAAGGAAAAACCCUACAGAUCAUAUGGUUGACUUUUAUCAGUCUUAUGGUCAACCGGCAGCGAACAUGGUAGGUAAUCUUUGUAGGACAUUAGGUCCACCGGCAGCGAACACGGUAGGUAAUCUUUGUAAGACUUUAAUUCCACCGGCAGCGAUGAUGGCGACCAAGUUGGGAAAGAUUUGCUAUUCAGCAAUAGUUGAAGACAAGAAACCAAUACAUAUACAGGAAGGAUUAGUUAAGAAAGUCAAUAAGCACCAUCGCGAAAAUCCAGAUAAAGCGAAAGUGUUCACGGUAGCACCAGGAAUAAGCGGAGGAGUAGUUUGGCGGCAAGACAAUCAGAAAAGGGUCGUUCAACUUCCAACCUUCAUGUACAACAAGAUGUUAGAGACUGGUUCCAGCAGUACCGCUGGUGGAGGUACCACUACAAGCGCCGGCACCACUACCAGAACCAACAGAGGUACCACUACAACCGCCGGCACCAGAACCGGGGCUAGUACAGGAACCAAUAGAGGUACCACUACAGGAACCAAUAGAGGUGAUUCAACAUGGGGCUUGCUUAGGUCUUGGAUUGCUGCUCUUGGAACAUCUGAUGAAGAGAUAUAUGAGGAUAUAAAGAAUGUUCUUUACACCAAUAGUGUUGUGGCAGUUGUAGAUUUCUUGCAUCCAGGGCCGUCUUAG